GACUUGCACCAUGCUCAGCUACUUGAGUGAGCAUGAGGAUCCCUGAUGCCAUCCAUCUGUAUACUCAUACAGCACACACCUGCAAAGGGCCUUCUGUGUGCCCCAGGGGGAGUGGGCGCAUUGAUGUAUUGGGGGAAGGUGGAAACAGAUUCAGGUGGAGAACUGUUUCAGACUGUCUCCCAGCAGCUGCUCCAGGAGACCACUGUGGGAAUGUCAGCCACAAGCCCAGAAGAAUUUAGGGGGCAUAUGACCAAAGAAGGCAGUAGGGGGUAUAGGAAGAGCUGAUCCCUGAGGGAGAGAAUGUAGAGAAAGAAGCUGAAGUAUGAAUCUUGGGGACAUUAAUCAGAGUGGUUCUUCAUGCUUCACUGUUGAUGAUUUUAAAUGGAGAAACUGAAUAAAUCAGAUGUUAUUUCCCAGUUCAGUGUAUUGGUUGCCUCUAAGAGUAUUUUCCUAACAGGAACAGUCAUAUACACUUGUUUUAGAAUGCCUGUGACAACAAAGGCAUUGUGGUAGUUACUUCCUUUUCUUAGCGAUCAAGAACUUACAUUUGCACAAAUUUGAUCAAUUUAGCCACUAAAGAUUUAGUGUAGCACAGGGCUCCUCAGAUCACUCUGUCUAGAUUUGCCUUGGAAACCAAAGGGGUUAGGUAGGGGUAUGAAAGUAUGGUGAAUAUAUUAAUCCCAAGAAUUGAACCGAGCAAAAACCCUAUUGCUCAUGCACAUAAAGUAUCUCUACCCCAUAGGCUUAUCCCCUAAACUCUGUUUAGGAGGAUCGUAUGCACACAUUACAUCCCCCCAAUUAGCUAGUGCUGGGCAUGGCUAACCUCUGUUUCUACGUUUUCUUGUGUUCUAGUCCCAAACCCAUCAAAAUCUUUUCUGUCAUUCCUGGUGUCUCCAGUCCAGUCUUGUGCCCUAGAGUUAUGCUAUUGGCUUCUAGAACUCAGAGAACUUUGUUUUCCCCUCUUAUAUGACCCUUAUCUCUUUCUAACACAUUAAGGGGCUUUGUCUAUCCGAUGGGGAUACUUCUGAAGAAGGAAGGGCUUUUGUCUGCUUUAGCUCUAGAAUCUGUCUCUCACCUUUAGCCUGGAGCUUUAUAGUUCCUGUGUACUCAUAACCCUUUGGCUGACCUGAGGUGCUUAGUCUCCCAGGGAAGACAAGCUGUCUGCAUAGGUCAGAUGGGGAGGAUUUUACUCCAGGGAACUGCAGACUACCACUAUACUGGAAUGCCCAAGAGUGACCUCAUAAAGCAAGGGUUCCUUUUGUGGGCCCUGCUCUGUGGCCUCUCGGGAUCUAGAUGCCAAGGAGAUCUCUAAGCAUAGAUUUUCUGUUGGAUGAUUAAAGCAAAGGAUAAAAAUUGAAAAUUUUUUUGGGAAAAUGCCUCAACAGUUUCAUUACCAGAAGGACACAAGAGUCAUUUCAAGCUCGCUGUUGGAUAAUGCCUCAAAGCCAUUCUAUUCGAGAUUCGGGAGCUUUCAAAGGAAAGAUGCUCAAUGUCAGGAAUUUGUGAAGAGAGUCAUAAUGAGUCAUCUCUUUAAGAUAAUUAUGAUUAGUAUCGUCUCCAUGAAUGCCUUUUUUGUGGUCUUGUGGACUGAUUAUAAUACAAGAUACAACUUAUUCACACUUUGUGAGGUGUCGGAGCUCAUCUUUGUGUCCAUCUAUAGCUCUGAGUUCUGCAUGAAGCUCUAUGUGGACCCCAUCAACUACUGGAAGGAUGGCUACAACCUGCUGGAUAUAAUCAUUAUCAUCAUUAUCUUCAUUCCUUACAGUCUCCGCAAAUUCAAGGGCAAGCACUACCCCUACCUCAACAUUGCUGACGGCAUUCAGUCCCUGCGCAUCCUCAAGCUUAUCACCUAUAGCCGUGGCAUCCGGACACUCAUCACCGCCGUGGGGCAGACAGCCUACACCGUGGCCUCCGUGAUCAUCCUACUCUUCGUCCUCAUGUUCAUCUUCGCCAUCUUGGGCUUCUGCCUGUUUGGAGUUCCAGACAGGGGUGACCCGAAUAACUGGGGGAACCUGGCUGUGGCUUUCUUUACCCUCUUCAGCUUGGCCACGGUCGAUGGCUGGACAGACCUACAGGAACAGUUGGAUAAUCGGAACUUGGCUCUCAGCCGGGCAUUCACCAUCAUCUUCAUCUUGCUUGCCUCCUUCGUCUUCCUCAGCAUGUUCGUGGGUGUGAUGAUCAUCCACACUGAGGACUCCAUUAAAAAGUUUAAGCGGGAGCUGAUGGCGGAGAGACAUGUGACGCUCAUGGAGGAGAAGCAGGUGAUUGUGAAGAGGCAGCAGGAAGAGGUCAGCAGGCUGAUGCAGACACAGAAAAAAGGUGACUACAAAAGUUUCAGUGAGCUGGUAGAGAACUUCAAGAAGACCCUGCGGCACACUGACCCCAUGGUCUUGGAUGAUUUUGGCACCAGUCUGCCCUUCAUCGACGUCUACUUGUCCACCCUGGACAACCAGGACACUACGAUCUGCAAGCUUCAGGAGCUGUACUGUGAGAUCGCACACGUGUUGAGCCUGAUGCUUGAAGACUUGCCGCAGAAGAAACAGUCCCAGUCCUCUGAAAAGGCCACUGAGCAGUAGGGGGCGUGGGGACCAGGUGCCAGUGUGACCUGCAGGGCAUGACAGGCCCCCCAUUAAACACAAGCUUUCUGAA